UUUUGGGCCCUGCAGGAGGAAUUUGAGGAGUAUGCUGAGACCCUGCCCGAGAGUACUACCAAUGAAAGCAAGCUUAUUCUGUAUGGAUUGUACAAGCAAGCCACUGUCGGACCAGUGAACACUAGCCGUCCUGGUAUGUUCAACAUGAGGGACAGGGCAAAGUGGGAUGCAUGGAAGGCUGUUGAAGGAAAAUCGAAGGAUGAAGCAAUGAGUGAUUAUAUCACCAAGGUGAAACAGUUGUUGGAAGAAGCUACUGCCUCUGCUUGAUUUCAAGAACUUGCUGUGUUUCUUCUUGAUAACUUUGGUUUGCGAAAAAAAAAA